UACUAAUUUUCCCUUGAUUACCUUGUAUUCUGCUGCGUUUUCUAGGGUUUUAUCAACGCCUCUUGCUUGCAGACUUGCAGUUGCGCAGCUCCUUGCAGAUCCCACUUUCACAGAGACGCCAAAGAAAUCAUGGGACACUCCAACGUAUGGAAUUCUCACCCCAAGAACUAUGGCCCUGGCUCCCGCGCCUGUCGUGUGUGCGGGAAUCCCCAUGGGUUGAUCCGGAAGUAUGGGCUCAUGUGUUGCAGACAGUGCUUCCGUAGCAACGCCAAGGAAAUUGGCUUCAUUAAGGUAAAAUGA